AUUGCUUACUGUACACCGGAUUUUAUCCAAACUUUCUAAAAUGGCUGCGCCCAUGUGUUGUCUAUAAUUGGUCACCACUCACCAUAAAUCGAUUAAAUGCGUACAGGCAAAGUUUGAAAAAGAUUUAAAAAGCUAUAAUGGCAAAGAGUAAAAAGAAAAGACAGCAGGAUUUUCAGAAAGUAAAGUUGAAGGUUGGAAAGAAGUUGAAGAAAGCUGAUAAUGUAACAAAUGCCAGCUUCAGAACCCGUGGUAUACAGAUUAGUCAGCAGUUAAAAACUGGAGAUGCUUCACAACCUAGCACAAAGAAAAAACACAAUAUAACAGAUUUGUUCAGCCAGUGUCGUCACUAUAGUACAUCUGUUAGAGUUGAAGCAGUGAAUGGUUUGAAAGAACUCCUUACAACAAACCCACAUCUUGUACAAUCACAUUUGUCAGACAUCUUAGAAAGACUUGCUGAACUGUUGACAGACAAAGAUUCUGUUGUAAGACAAGGUGCAAUACGUGUCUUCAAGUUCUUCCUUCCACUUGUCUCAGAGAAACAGAUAUCACCUUUCUUCCCCCUCUUGUGUGCCCAUUUAUGCUGUGCUAUGACACAUAUCUAUGAUGAUAUUCAAGUAGACUCAUUGGUUGUGCUUGAUUUAUUAUUAGAUAAUUACCCCAGAUUGAUGAUUUACAGAUCUAACCAAGUACUGUCAAAUUUCAUCGAGCAGAUUUCUAGACAGCAAGGUCAGGGUCAGGCAAAGAGGUCACUUAGUACAGAUCCAAAUAGUGCCACAUCAUCUGUAAAAUGGAGAAGUUCAGUUUUAAAUAGACUUCAGAAAUUCCUGUCUGCCAUUUUGAAAUUCCAAGAAUUAACAUUGGAUAGCACUUGUGUUUCUGAUGGUCAUAAUCCUUCUCCAACAUGUGAUGUUAACUUUACCCUUGAUGAAGUCAUGUCAAUACAAAAAUUUCCUGUAUACAUUCAGGAACAAUGGGUAACACCAGGAUUUAUUCUAAGACCCAGUAUGUCAAAGGAUGUAAAGUUGGAUGUUUUAGGUGUAAAGUUUCCAGAAUUUGCUAAGACCUUGAUCCCCCUCUUGCUGGAAUGCUGGGUAGAGUCUGCACCUUCUAAAGAUAAAAAUAAAUUUUCAGGUGUGAAUUCAGUGUUAGAAGAGAAUGUAGGUAUGAUGUAUAACAUUCUACAGGUAACACAACUACUGUGGCAGUGUACUUUAGCACUCUCUACUGAACAGUCUGAUGAUAUUUUAAGCCAGGAGUCAUAUCUGAAGGAAUUUGAGCAACAUUUUAUGGCAAACUUCCCAUACAGUGUAAAUACAAGAAUUAGUAAGAAAGGAAAGAAACAGCAAGCUGCUGAACAGGUGUCUGCAGAAGUAUUGAAUUUGAGCAUAUGUAACAUUAUGACUCACUUCAUUAGUAAACAAUCAACCAAUCAGAGAAAAUCACCAUUUUGGCUACCAAUGAUAACAAUGUAUUUGAAUGACUUCCUGAAGGGGAAGUAUGGGAGAACUGGUGUUGGUCAAAGUGCAAGAACAGUUGUGAACAUACUGAAUAGGCUUGUGGACAGAGGAUUAUGUGAUGUUCCUGUGUAUGGAAUCAUCACUGAGGCGUAUAACAGGUUUGAGGCAGCUAAUAUAUCCUCAACAGAAAAGAAAGUUUACAUGCAGUUCUUUGCUGUUGUCAUGUUACAUGAACACUCACAUGUUAUAAGCCCUCAGUGGAGACAGAAAUUUUUGCACAGUCUACCAGAGUUACUGCUCUUGUGUACAAAAGAAAACAGUGAGAUUACCUCCCUUGUGAUUAACACAAUGAAGAAGAGUGCCUGCCAGAAAUGUUCUGGUCUACUUGAUGAAGAAAUAUUCAACAAGGUUGGACAGCAGUGGUUUGACCCUCUUGGAGAUGUUAUCACAAAGUUGUCAGCUGAGGAUCAGAUAAGCCUGGUUGGUUUGUUGUACUAUACACAAGAGAUUGAUCUCAAGCUCACAAAGAUACUCGUCUCUUUUGCAAGAUGUAGCAGCAUCAGUAACAACCUAGUGACAUUAAUGAUACAAGUUCUACAAAAUAGAUAUUUAAGGAAUGAGAUGGAACCAGAAGCAACAAGUGUUCAUAUAAGCUUCCUGACCAAUCUUCUAGUUGGUGUGUCAAGAUCAGAUAUGGAGAGUUUAGCAGGAGAUAUUGUAUGCCCUGUUAUUGGAAAAUAUAACAUUAUCAAGCAUACUGUACUAGAUGGUGACAAUAUAGACGAUUUUGACAGACAUUGUUUUAUUGUGGAGGUUGUUUGUAGUUGUGUUCAGCAGUUUUAUAACACAGAUCAGGUGGUGGAAGUGAUGUUUGAAUUCAUUGAGAAACUGCUAGAGACGUCCUCAUCUAGUGUUCCACUACAAAUGGUAUUUGGAAUUUGUAAAUUUGUCAAGUCAUUGAGCACAAUACCACCAGCAGUAGUCUCCCCUAUCAUAGACCUUUCCAUCUCAUUGGUAGGUCAUAUGAUCACAUGGGAACAUUCGACCAAUCAGAAUGCUGUAAAGAUGAUGCUUGAUCUAGUCUCUAAGUUAAUUACGGAUAUUCCUGGUGGAUUAGAAAGACUACUGCAAACUGUAGAAGAUUGUUUAAACACAGAUAUUAAGGUGGAUGUUCUCUGUAUAAUUAUGAAAUCUGUGAUGUUAUUCCUGACAGAGGGGAGAGGUUCUUGUAUAAGAAGUAGGCCAGAGUGUUUACACAUGAUUUCAAAUAUCAACAAUAGAGUAAACACCUACUUGUCCCAACAUCAGGCACUGGUGACGCCAGAAACCGAGAACUUGACGAGAAAAUUCAACUACCUUGUUUCCUGUGUGAAAUGAUUGUUGUUUUGAUUAUCACAUUAAACUGAAAACUGUAAUAAAAAUUUGUGUUUGUCCCCAACGUGGGGCCAUAGUCCUUCAUAAACUGACAAAACAGUCAAAUGGAUGGGAAUGCACAUUUGAAUGGGCCUUUAAAGGAGUAGUAUUGGCCUAGGUGUCUGCAUCUUAAUGCAGAUAUUAUAAACUGGUAUAUUUAUUAUUUUAGAUACACUGGAGAUCUAGUCAGCCCACAUAGCUCAAUCUGUAAGUGCGCCAGCGUGGUAAAUCUGGACGAAGUGGGUUUGAUUCCUGGGCCAACUAAAAUUACUAAACAGUCUUGCGAAUGAGACUUUAAAUGGAGGUCCUUUGUAUGAGUGCUUAAACACUUGGCACGUGAAGGAACCAGGAGAAGCUCCUAGAAUUGGGGUAUCUUUCACUAUCCUCCAAAAUAUAAAAUGACUAAUACUUUUUCUGGAGGACUAGCGGUUGCGAGUAUAAAUAAACUCGAACACGCACGCACACACACACACACUGGAGAUAUUUUUCCUCGUAUGACCCAACACUGGUGGGUUCCUUGAUGGUUCAAAAUAGCUACGUUCUUUCUUCACAGUCCGGCUAAAAUAAAUAAUGACCCGUACUGCGAAAAUUUAAACAGCAUAUAUACAUUUUGUGCAGUCCUCAAAUGCAAAGCCAAUGCACCAUGGGACUGUCUUACUGAAGUAUGUCAGUAAUAGAAAGGCGCCCGUGACCGAGUAGUUGAGGUCGUUAACUGUAAACCACUUGUCCCUCACGGUUGUGGGUAUCGCAAAUAGUGCUCCUCCACCAGUUUCCCUCGAAAGUCACUAUAUAUGACUUCUGGUGCGCUGUAACACCGCAAAACGUCCGUACCGCAAAACGUAUGCGUGUGGACGUUUUGCGUCGCAUAUCGUACGCGUGUGGACGUUUUGCAGUGCAUAUCGUACUUGGUACGUUUUGCGGCGAAAGUGUGUCUUUGCGCCGCAUAUCGUCCAUAUUUUUUGUAUUAAAAUAUAUUCAUUAUAAACGUUACUUUUAUUGGUUCUGUCACUUUCAUAUAGUUUCAGGUAAAGAUAUAACGAAAUAAACAUUAAAGUGCAA